CUGUGGACCACACAAAAUCCUUUUUACCGUUUUGACUGCGCCGGCUUCCUUUGAAAAACCACACCCUCCUUCUCCCCCUCUCUUGUAUUUCUCAGUUUAGGGUUUUACUUUACUCCUCCUCCCAUGGCUUCCAUUUCCACCACCCCGAAAUUCUCCGUCUCUCAAAUCUCCCUCAACAGAUUUCUUUUCUCUCCGAACACCACAAAACUCUCUUUUCCUCCUUCCAUUUCCUUCCCUUCCACUUCCACUUCCCUCCUCAAAACCAAAACAAUCACCUCCUCACUACCCCCCUCUUCCUCUCCCUCCCCCUCUCUCACCCGCCCUGUCUACGUCCCCAACAAAAUCCCAGACCCCAAUUACGUCCGCAUUUUCGAUACCACUCUUCGUGAUGGAGAACAAUCCCCUGGCGCAACACUCACUUCCAAAGAAAAGCUUGACAUUGCUCGCCAGUUGGCUAAACUCGGGGUUGAUAUAAUCGAGGCUGGAUUCCCUGCUGCUUCAAAAGAUGAUUUUGAAGCUGUUAAAAUGAUUGCUAAUGAAGUUGGGAAUCAAGUUGACAGUGAAGGCUAUGUUCCUGUUAUUUGUGGGUUGUCUAGGUGUAACGAGAAGGAUAUUAGGGCUGCCUGGGAGGCUGUUAAGAAUGCAAAAAGACCGAGGAUUCAUACUUUUAUUGCCACCAGUGGGAUUCAUAUGGAGUAUAAGUUGAGGAAGAGUAAAGAAGAGGUUGUGGAAAUUGCAUCAAGUAUGGUUAGAUUUGCUAGGAGUUUGGGUUGUGAUGAUGUUGAGUUUAGCCCUGAAGACGCUGGCAGAUCAGAGAGAGAGUUUUUAUAUCAUAUAUUGGGUGAGGUUAUCAAAGCUGGGGCAACAACUUUGAAUAUACCUGAUACAGUCGGAAUAACUACUCCUAGUGAGUUUGGACAAUUGAUUGCCGAUAUAAAAGCAAACACUCCUGGCAUUGAAAAUGUUAUCAUUUCAACGCAUUGUCAAAAUGAUCUUGGGCUUUCUACUGCCAACACUUUAUCGGGGGCAUGCGCAGGCGCAAGACAAGUGGAAGUGACAAUCAAUGGCAUUGGUGAAAGAGCUGGAAAUGCUUCAUUGGAGGAGGUUGUAAUGGUAAUUAAAUGUCGUGGAGAGCAUGUUUUAGGUGGUCUGUAUACUGGGAUCAAUACUCGACACAUCACUAUGGCGAGCAAGAUGGUAGAAGAGUACACAGGGUUGCAUGUGCAGCCACACAAGGCUAUUGUUGGAGCUAAUGCUUUUGCUCAUGAAAGUGGCAUACAUCAGGAUGGUAUGCUGAAACACAAAGGUACAUAUGAGAUUAUCUCACCUGAAGAUAUCGGGCUCGAACGUUCCAAUGAUGCUGGAAUUGUCCUUGGAAAACUUAGUGGGCGGCAUGCUUUGAAAGAUCGACUAAAUGAGCUUGGUUAUGAGCUGGAUGAUGCACAACUUGGCAAUAUAUUUUGGCGUUUCAAGGCUGUAGCUGAAACGAAAAAGAGAGUUACGGAUGCUGAUCUGAUAGCAUUGGUGUCAGACGAAGUAUUUCAGCCAGAAAAUGUUUGGAAGCUGCAUGAUUUGCAGGUUACUUGUGGAACCCUUGGUCUUUCAACUGCAACUGUUAAACUCCUAAGUGCUGAUGGGGAAGAACAUGUUGCAUGUUCUCUUGGAACUGGGCCUGUAGAUUCAGCUUACAAGGCUGUUAACCUCAUUGUGAAGGAACCAGUAACACUUCUUGAGUACUCCAUGAUUGCUGUUACAGAAGGCAUUGAUGCGAUAGCCACUACCCGUGUUGUAAUUCGUGGGGAGAACCAACAUGCACCGACCCAUGCUUUAACAGAUGAACCCUUUCAACGGACAUUUAGUGGAUCUGGGGCAGGAAUGGAUAUUGUUGUUUCUAGUGUCAAGGCCUACGUUGGUGCAUUAAAUAAGAUGUUAGCUUUUAAACAGCAGCCAUCCAUGAAAAGGGUUUCUACGGAAAGAACUCCUGUGUCUGCUUGAAGCAUUUGAACUCAUCUCUCCUGCGUGGUAUAUAUCAAACCAAACUCCUUCAUUUUACUUUCAAAAGCGAGCGAGAAUAUAUUUUAGAAUGUAAAAUGUUUGAAGAUAAAAUUGUCUAUAAGACCGAAAACCUGUAUGAAGGUAGGAUUGUCUUCAUGCCUGAAAACCCUGUUGGUGUUCGCGGUAUGUUUUAUUUCAAUGCUUCAGAUUACGUACUUGAUCUUUUUGUGUUGUUGAAACUUGUAAUAGGAAGAGGUAAACACUCAGACUCAAACAGUUCUUUGUUUCC